GGGAAAACUUGGUGUGGCAGUUCUGCUUCGCGAUGCGAAGAUGGCCAUCCUGCUCCCUCCCCCAGGCACCCAAGUGUUUCGGCCCUUCACCCAGGCGUCGCUGGAGGAGAUCAAGAGGCUCCAGGAGGAGAGUCAGAAGGCAGCUGCUGUAGAGGGCCACGAGGGGGAGGAACCAGAGGGACCCAACCCAGACCUGGAAGCAGGCAAGAGUCUGCCGCUGAUCUUUGGAGACCCUCCGUCUGAACUACUCAACACCCCUCUGGAGGACAUUGACCCCUUCUACAAAGCACAGCAAACAUUCAUUGUGAUCACUAAAGGAAACACCAUCUACAGGUUCAGUGCUGAACCGGCCUGCUACAUUCUGACCCCCUUCAGUCUUGUGAGGAGAGGAGCCAUUAAAAUUCUCAUACAUUCAUAUCCUUUAAACAUGACCUAUUACAUGUUCAUCAUGAUCACAAUUCUGUCCAAUUGUGUGUUCAUGACAAUGAGCAACCCACCAGCGUGGAGUAAAACUGUUGAGUAUGUUUUUACUGGCAUUUAUACAUUUGAGGCGACAGUCAAAGUGUUGUCUCGAGGUUUCUGUGUGGGACCUUUUACAUUCCUUCGAGAUCCAUGGAACUGGCUGGAUUUCAUGGUCAUCAGUAUGGCAUAUGUUACUGAGUUUGUUGACCUUGGCAACGUGUCAGCACUCAGAACCUUUCGCGUGCUUCGAGCCCUCAAAACAAUCACUGUGAUUCCUGGUUUAAAAACCAUUGUAGCUGCAUUGAUCCAGUCUGUGAAGAAAAUGGUGGACGUGAUGAUUCUGACUGUCUUUGCCCUCGCUGUGUUUGCUCUCGUGGGUCUUCAGCUCUUCAUGGGGAACCUGCGUCAGAAAUGUGUGCGCUGGCCCCUGUCCAAUGACACUACCUAUGAGUUCUUUAACACUACAUCUCUAUUCAAUGACUCCUUAUUAUUGGACAACUCAACAUAUAUCAACAGUACAUUUGAUUUCAAGGAGUAUAUUGAGAAUCCAGAAAAUCAGUAUUUUGUGGAAGGCAGUCUGGAUGCUCUGAUUUGUGGAAACAGCUCCGAUGCUGGAAAGUGCCCUGAAGGAUACACCUGUAUUAAAGCUGGGAGGAACCCUAACUAUGGCUACACCAGCUUUGACUCUUUUGGUUGGUCCUUCCUCGCUCUGUUCAGACUUAUGACGCAGGACUACUGGGAAAACCUGUUUCAGCUGAUCCUGCGUGCGGCUGGAAAGACGUACAUGUUGUUCUUUGUGGUGAUCAUCUUCUUGGGCUCGUUCUACCUCAUUAACCUGAUCCUGGCUGUGGUGGCCAUGGCCUACGAGGAGCAGAACCAGGCCACGCAACGGGAGGCCAUCGAGAAGGAGGAGGAGUUUCAGAGACUGCUAGAGCAACUCAGGAAUCAGGAACAGGCCCAGCUUCAGGGUAGUCGUACGACUCUCACCAGUAAAAAGUCCCUCAGCCAGCACGCAGCAUCAGAAAGAAACCACAGCCCUGAUCAUGAGGAGGUCACAAAGGACUGCAAUGGGAGGGUCAUUCCUAAACUUCUCAUCAGGGCACCCACUAUGGUGGAGGUGCCCCCUGAUGAAGAAGAGACAAAAAAGUCAUUAGGCUCUGAGCACAGCAGCAUGCUUCAUGUUGAAGACCCAGGCCUGACAAAUAGAACAGGCAGUGUUCUCACAGUCGCUACUAUGGCAGCCAUGGAAGAGUUGGAGGAGGCACAACGGCCAUGCCCACCCGGCUGGUAUAAGUUCGCUGACAUGUUCUUGAAAUGGGACUGCUGCGUGCCUUGGGUCAAUUUUAAGAAGUGGAUGUACUUUGUUGUGAUGGACCCUUUUGUGGACUUGACCAUCACCAUCUGUAUUGUCUUAAACACCCUGUUUAUGGCAAUGGAGCACUAUCCCAUGACUCCAGAGUUUGACCACAUGCUCUCCGUCGGCAAUCUGGUUUUCACUGGUAUCUUCGCAGCUGAAAUGUUCUUCAAGCUAAUAGCCAUGGAUCCAUACUACUAUUUUCAAGUGGGAUGGAACAUUUUUGACAGCAUCAUUGUGACUCUGAGUUUGGUUGAACUUGGGCUGGCCAAUGUCCAGGGAUUAUCUGUCCUAAGGUCAUUUCGCCUGCUUCGAGUCUUUAAACUGGCCAAGUCAUGGCCCACACUGAACAUGCUGAUCAAGAUCAUUGGAAACUCAGUGGGAGCACUGGGAAACUUGACUUUAGUGCUGGCCAUUAUUGUCUUCAUUUUUGCUGUUGUUGGGAUGCAGCUGUUUGGUAAAAGCUACAAGGACUGUGUGUGUAAGAUAUCAGAGGACUGUGAGCUGCCACGCUGGCACAUGACCGACUUUUUCCACUCGUUCCUCAUCGUGUUUCGGAUUCUCUGUGGAGAAUGGAUUGAGACCAUGUGGCACUGUAUGGAGGUGGCAGGUACUGGCAUGUGCCUCAUUGUCUUCAUGAUGGUCAUGGUCAUUGGAAAUCUGGUAGUCUUGAACUUGUUCUUGGCCUUGCUGCUCAGCUCCUUCAGUGGGGACAACCUGGCUCCUGGAGAAGAGGAUGGAGAGAUGAACAACCUCCAGAUUGCCAUUGGCCGGAUCAAAUGGGGGAUUGCUUGGCUAAAAUCGUACAUCAUUCGAAAGGCUUUGCAGAUUCUUGGGAGAAAACCAAAGGAGGAGGAUCCAGACAGUAAAAUGGAGGAGAUUGAGAUGAAUCAUUUGGAGUCGACUACAGCUUUGAAACUGGCUGAUGGGAUUCCAAACUGUGUCGUGGAGGGUCCCACCUCUGAAGCUGUUCUGGAUGCGGAGGUUGGAUUUAGUGUACCAAUGGCUGAGGGAGAGUCAGACUUUGAAAUCUUAGAUGAUGACGAAGAUGAUGAUGAAGAAGAAACCUCUUCGAGCGAAGAGACAAGUGAUAAGAAAAUGUUUGAAAUGAGAAAAGCAAGAAGUAAAGAUCUCUGGUACCGAGGUGUCAAACUACAAGGUACAUUCAGUGGGGAUGGGGAUUCUUCAGUCUGCAGCACCGCGGAUUAUCAAUCAUCUGAGUCUGAACCAGAGGAGGUGGAGGUGGAGGAGCCUGAUCCAGUGGAGCCAGAGGCCUGCUUCACUGACGGCUGUGUCCAGCGCUGGCCCUGUCUCUUUGUGGACAUCACUGAAGGUCGAGGAAAAACCUGGUGGAACAUUCGUAGGACCUGCUUCACUAUUGUGGAGCACGACUGGUUUGAGACCUUCAUCAUCUUCAUGAUCCUCCUCAGCAGCGGGGCCCUGGCCUUUGAGGACAUAAACAUUGAUCGCAGACGCACAGUUAAAAUAAUACUAGAGUAUUCUGACAAAGUCUUCACCUACAUCUUUGUGGUGGAGAUGCUGCUGAAAUGGGUGGCGUAUGGCUUCAAGACGUACUUCACAAAUGCCUGGUGUUGGCUGGACUUUUUCAUUGUAGAUGUUUCCCUGAUUAGUUUAGUUGCCAACUGGCUGGGCUAUUCUGAACUUGGACCAAUCAAAUCCCUACGAACUCUCAGAGCACUCAGACCUCUUCGAGCUUUGUCAAGAUUUGAAGGAAUGAGAGUUGUGGUCAAUGCCUUAAUUGGAGCCAUUCCCUCCAUCUUCAAUGUGCUGCUGGUCUGUUUGAUCUUCUGGCUCAUCUUCAGCAUCAUGGGAGUCAAUCUUUUUGCUGGAAAGUUUUAUCGCUGCAUCAACACCACGACUGCAGAAAUCCUCCCAAUGUCACUUGUUAAUAACAAAAGUGACUGUUUAGCCCUUCAAGAAGCAACACAGGAAGCACGCUGGGUCAAUGUCAAAGUCAACUAUGACAAUGUGGGGAGUGGAUACCUCUCCCUUCUUCAAGUGGCAACCUUCAAAGGGUGGAUGGACAUCAUGUACGCUGCUGUUGACUCAAGAGAGCCAGAAGAGCAACCUUCAUAUGAGAUCAACUUGUACAUGUACAUGUACUUUGUCAUCUUCAUCAUCUUUGGGUCAUUCUUUACUCUCAACUUGUUCAUUGGUGUGAUUAUUGAUAACUUCAACCAACAAAAGAAAAAGUUUGGAGAUAAGGACAUCUUCAUGACUGAAGAGCAGAAAAAGUACUAUGAGGCUAUGAAGAAACUGGGUUCAAAGAAGCCACAGAAGCCAAUCCCACGUCCAACAAACCCAUUUCAGGGAAUGGUCUUUGACUUCAUCAGUAAGCAGCCAUUUGACAUCUUCAUCAUGGUGCUCAUCUGCCUCAACAUGGUCACGAUGAUGGUGGAGACGGACGACCAGAGCCCAGAGAAGGAGGACUUCCUGUUCAAAGUCAAUGUGGCCUUCAUCGUCGUCUUCACCGGAGAGUGUGUGCUGAAACUAAUCGCCCUCAGACAGCACUUCUUCAGAAAUGGAUGGAACGUUUUUGAUUUUGUUGUGGUGAUUUUGUCGAUCGCAGGAACCAUGCUGUCGGACAUCAUAGAGAAGUACUUUGUGUCACCCACUCUGUUCCGCGUGAUUCGUCUGGCUCGAAUCGGGAGGAUCCUGCGCCUCAUCAAAGGAGCAAAGGGCAUCCGGACGCUCCUCUUUGCUCUCAUGAUGUCACUUCCUGCUUUGUUCAACAUUGGCCUCCUCCUCUUUCUUAUCAUGUUCAUCUUUUCUAUUUUCGGCAUGUCCAACUUUGCCUAUGUCAAAAAGGGAGCCGGUAUCGAUGACAUUUUUAACUUUGAGACUUUUGGUGGGAGUAUUAUCUGUUUGUUUCAGAUCACCACCUCCGCAGGUUGGGAUGGGCUUUUACUACCUAUGCUGAACAGGGAGGCUCCAGACUGCGAUCCAACCUUUGAGCACCCGGGCACGGAUGUGAGAGGGGACUGUGGGAGCCCCGGGAUGGGUAUGAUGUUCUUUUGUAGCUACAUCAUCAUUUCAUUUCUGGUUGUGGUCAACAUGUACAUCGCCAUCAUUUUGGAGAACUUCAAUGUAGCGCAGGAGGAGAGCGGGGAUGCACUCUGUGAGGAUGACUUCGAGAUGUUUAAUGAAACUUGGGAGAAAUUUGACACUGAAGGAACUCAGUACAUCGAAUACAGCCAACUUUUUGUAUUUUGCGACGCAUUACAAGAACCGCUAAAGGUCCCUCUGCCGAAUCGCUUCCGCCUUAUUGAAAUUGACAUACCUUUAGUCACCGGUGACAGGAUUCACUGCAUUGAUGUGUUACUAGCUGUUACUCAAAUGGUCCUAGGAGACACUGUGGAGAUGGCAGCAAUGCGCGAAAGUAUUUUGGCAAAGUUUGCACUCAGUAACCCCAAGAAAGACUCAUUUGCCCCCAUAGUCACAACUAUUCGUCUCAAAGAAGAGCUGCAGUCUGCUAUAAUGAUACAGAAAGCUUACCGCGCAUACUUACUGAAACGCUGCAUACGCCACGCUGCUUUCAUGCACCGCUCUCUGAGGAUAAGGAGGAGGGACGAAGAGGAAGAGCCUCCAGAAAAAGAGGGUCUUUUGGCUCGGAGGAUGGGAGUCCUCUAUGGGACAGACCGGGAGCUGGCAGAGGAGAUGGAGCGGGCGGAUUUACAGACUUUAGCGGAGCAGCAGCUUCUCCAGACUCACAGAGACUCAGAAAGCCCUGAGCCAGAGCAUCCUCAUCUCAUAGUAGUGCCUGUGGAGAUUACCAACGAGGUUUUGUUACAUUCAGCCCCAAACACUUGCCCUUAUAUCCCCUUUGAAGACUUAAGAGAGUCCAUUGUAUAACAGAGAAGAGGGAUAAUGUUUACUGACUUUUUUACUGAUCAAAAACAUCAGGAAUCAUCUCUAAAUAUUUCUAGUUUUAGAGGUAAAUGAUUCCUGUUGUGGAGGCUGUAAACAAACCCCAGGGAAGUGUGAAGUUUGUGUCUGCAAGAGCACGCUGACAAACUAAACAUGUUUCCUUAUUAUUAUUAUAAAGGCCUGUAUUACACAAAAUGGACUCUUGUGAGCUUUAAGCCAUGUUAGAAUGUUGUUACCCCCUCAGAAACAUACCCGAAGUUAUGUUUUGUUUCAUUCACACAUAUUUGAGUAAUUAAUAGUUUGUCUUCAUCUCAAAAGAUCAAAAAGGUCUGUACCACCUUGUGAUGUCAUCAAGUGGUAGUUUUCAAGUUAUCAGCUACCUUUUACCUUUUGUUCAGUAGAGAGGGAUGAAAUUAUGAUUCUAGUGAAGGUGUAUGGACUUUAAAAACACAGUGGAGCGCUUCCUGUCUCACCACAUGACAUCACAAGGUGGAACAGAGCGUUUUCUGUUUGAGAGAAGAACUCAGCCUAAAUAUGCAGGAUUUGUGUGUUAAACAUGUGUGAAUAAAACAAAACUCCAAGUAUGUUUGUGAUGAGGAAACAACAUUAUAAUGUAGAUCAAAAAAUAGUGUAAUAUAGGGCCUGUAAAUGUAUACAAUCAGAUGGGUGUAGUGGAACGGGCAAUAGAAAUAUUGUAAUCACUCUCUCCAAAUAUGGGUUUGUAUAGAAACACUGUUAAUUGAUAAUUUUAGCAGAGCACAAAAUGUGACCAGUGUGAAACUAUUGAGUCAUGAGUGGCCCUGGUAAACUCAUGCAGUAUUUAAAGUGACUGCUGACAAAGUGGGUAACAAGCUAACUGGCAGAGCUAAAGACCCAGUUUAUAUUGCACUAUUUAUACCUACCUAUGCCUCCAACAACUGAAACAAGCUCAUACCCACUGAUACUGCUCUUUCUUGGAAGUAUUGGAGAGCAUUGUUUAUUAGUUUAAAAUGCAUAUGACAAGUUAGACUACUAAUUUCUCUAAACAUAGUAAUCAACAUAAUUUUACAAAAAACAAAAAAAUAUAUAGUAAUGUAUAAUUUUGCUUCCUCGUUGGACACAAAUAUGACAUAUGUAGAGGUAAUGGCAUAACUGUUACCAAGCAAAUAUAAUGUUAAACUUACCAAAAUAGUUAAUUAUAAAUAUUUACCACAGGUACUAUCCCAACAAACCAAGUAAUACUUGUAAACAUGGAAAUGUGUCAUAUGCACUUUAAAAGUGUAAACAAAGUACUGUUCUAUGCCCAUGUGGAGUUAGGGACUGUGUGUAAAAAGCUUCACUUGCCGUCUUAACUGAAAUGUCUUAUUCAUAUGCAUUUUCAAGCACUUUUACAGUUUUCUAGUUUUCUAUGACUUUGCUCUAUCUCAGUCCUGUUGGAGGAGAAAGUGUCUGUGUCCAGUGACCUGCAGAAAAACAACUAAACCAGUGCAAACUUUAUCAUACAGAAAGUAGUGAAAUCCUUCUACCUUCUAUCUCAUUGAAGAAAGAACCACAAGCACCCCUGGUUGCAUCACACUGUCACACUUUUCUGUAUCCUAAAUGUGUAUAUUUUGUUAUUGAUGAAUUUUAUCUGAAGUGGUAGAGUAAUAAAAAGACAUGGGAGGUGUUCUUAA